UAUUCUACCUGGCUUUGACAAGCUAUAUAGCAUUCGUCAUUUAGUAGCCUGAAACUCCAGCCGCGUUUGCUUUCUCCUUUUCCUUGCCUACUUCUCACACUGACCACUUCCUCAUCAAUCUCCUCCCCCACCACCGAGCAAAUCCAAGACUGCCACCUGCCUUCAUCUGUUGAGUUGAUUUCUUCGCAACGCGGACAUGCCCUUUUUUCCUGAAGAAUCAUCCUAAUGGCACAACCUCACCAUGAAGUGCCGCCUACAGCUGCCACUUGCCUUCCAGGCGCGUUUUCCAUAGGCCAGAUGCGCGUCGAGAGCCUGGCGCCCACUGUCAUCCGCAAAAAUCUCAUGCCCAUAAUCCUCCUUCACGGAGACUAUCAUACAGGAUCAAUGUGGCUCACUAAGCCUGACAGUCGCCCGGGCUGGGCUUAUUUCUUCGCCGAGCGCGGUCAUCGAGUCUAUACUCCGCAUCUGCCAUUCCAUGGCCGACCCGGUGCCUUGGUUCAUUACGAACGAGUGAAAGCCAUCACCCCUCAGACCGUCGAGAACCUAUACACGGCCAUCAACAAAACCAACAACCCAGGAUGGCCAGCGGCAAAGACGCACACACAGUGGCCAGGAAGCGGUGUUCGGGGCGAUCCCAUUUUUGACCAAUAUUUCAAUCAACUGGUUCCCUUAUAUAUGGACCCUCACGAGCGCCAGGCAGCCGCUCAAGAGGCAGUCGAGAGCCUCUUGCGGUUCCUGAAGCGUCCGGCUAUCCUUAUCGGCCAAGGUAGCGGCGCCAACGUUGCCUGGCUGGCAGCCGAUGUGGCCCCUGACCUCAUCCAUGCUAUCGUUGCAGUCGAGCCACUCGGGCCUCCGUUUGGCUCUGCUCUUCGGAACAAAAAUGGAGAACUGGGGCCGACGAGCAAAUUCACUAGGCCUGCCGGCAUUCGUCAAUACGGCCUGGCGGAUAUACCGAUGCAGUUUGACCCACCGGUUGCAGCACCAGAGUCAUUCGAGGAGCUGUUGGGUGGUACAUAUCCAGCCUUUGAACCCAUCCCAGUCACCAAGUUUUACGCAAGGGGUCGACAAGGCAAGUUCUGCUUCGAACAAGACCCUGCUGGACUACUUGUUGGGAAUUCCACCGAAUCCAGGGCAGUGCCCCGGAAGCUCACGAAUCUGAUCGGAAUCCUCCAACUCGUGGUAACAACGGAAGCGAGCUUCCACCGUUUCUCGGAUUGGGCAACAGUACAUUUUCUUCGCCAGGCCGGGGCUACCGUCAAGCACCACAGACUCGAGGAGCAUGGAAUCCGCGGAAAUGGACACCUCUGCUUCCUGGAGAAAAACAGCAAUGAUGUGGCCAAUCAUGUGCUCAACUGGUUGCAUAACGAGGCAGGUGUCCCGAAAGUACAGGUUCUUGAAGCUCGGCCCUCUCCUUCCCAGGCCAUCAGCGCAUCGGGCGGCCAUGGACAGUCCUCGAUUCCGCCCUCUGGAAAGGCAUGCCCAACUAGGAAGAGACCAGUGGAAGCUGAGCUGAAGCCAGUCGGCACCAUAGCGAACUCAAAUCAAAGAGAAAGCAAAAGGGUACAAACCAACCCAUCUCAGCCUAACAACCUCAACUAUCACACUUCAGUCACUGGCGACGUUCGGACCAGCGACAGUCACAAUGCCCCCAGCGUAUCCACUCCUCAUUCCUCAGUCGUCGGGAACACUCAGGUUGCGCGAGGUGUUACCCCCGUACCCUCCACACCUCACAACAAACCUAUCAAGCGAACUGGUCAAACCACGCUCAGCGAACGGCGAAUUGUGGAAAUCACGACUAGUCCUGAUAGUCCAACUCCACGUCCGAUACAGGAUCUUGAGAGACAACGAACGUCGGCUUUAAACAAGCUUCCAACAGUACCAGAAGCCAAUUAACAAAGCGGCGUGGGCGAACAUAUAUCCGACAGGCAGAGGCACAUUCGGAACAACUUGGUGCAAAGACAACAACUCAAUUCAGUCGAAAGGGUUGUUGUGAAAGGCGGCAAGUGUCAAAUAUUGCUCAAAGGUAUACAGCACGUAGACAAAGCCGGUAGUAUUCUCCUCCAUCUUUUCUC